CCGAUAUUGUCAAAGGCUUAGGCAUAUGUUCAAUGAGGUGCUAUUGCACAUGGAGCUCGAUGAUGAUAAAGCAAGCGUGAUAAGUAGAUUGGCUGAUGACUAUGAAAGAGGUGAAGGUGAAUGCUUCAACUCUAAGUUGCCAAUCAAUGACCGAACAAAAAAGAGUCCUCUUCUUUGGUGGGGUGCUUAUGGUGGCCUUGCUUAUGAGCUGCAGCAUUUAGCAAAGCACAUAGUUAGCCUUUGUGCUUCAGCUUCCGGUUGCGAACGAAAUUGGUCUUGCUUUCAAAAUAUCCAUAGCAAAAAGAGAAAUAGGUUGGAGUUCCAAAGACUUAAUGAUUUGUCAUAUGUUCAAUACAACCAGAAGAAUGCCGAUAGAAGCCGUGGGAGUGGGAGCCAGGCUGUUGUUACUCAUGUCUAUUCUCGAUCUCGAGUGCACCAAGUUGGAGAAGAUGAGGACGAGGAGGAUGAUGCAAAUCAGGAGGUUGAGCUUGAAGAUUAUUCAACAAGUGAAGAUGAUCAAGAGGGAAAUCAAGGUGAAGAAGGUGAAGGUGGAGGUGAAGAGAGAGGCUCCAUUGGCUUUGAUGAUGAUCUGGAUUACUAG